UCCCUCUUCUCUCCUCCUCCUUCCUCGUUCUCUCGAGCUGGGCCCCUGGGCCCGGGCAGUCCCGCAGCCGAGCGGAGCCGGGCUCGCCGCGCCGCCGCCCUAGCCCCGUGCGCGCCGCAGCCCGAGCCCGGCCGGGGCGGGAAGGAGCGGAGAGCAGGCACCACGAGCACCGGCCCGGACGAGCGGGCGCGGUCGCGGCGGAGUCGGCACCCGGGGGACAUGGAGGGAAGACCGGCAGAGACCAAUGCCAAUGUGGACAACUCCGCGCCCCCAUCAGUGGCCCAGUUGGCCGGGCGGUUUAGGGAGCAGGCAGCUGUAGCCAAGGAGACACCAGCCAGUAAACCAGCAAGAAGGAGACCGCCCUGCUCCCUCCCCCUGUUCCCCCCCAAGGUAGAGCUGGGCCAGAAUGGUGAGGAGAAAUCACCACCCAAUGCAAGCCACCAUCCUAAAAUCAAGGUGAAGAGCUCACCUCUGAUUGAGAAGCUUCAGGCCAAUUUAGCCUUUGAUCCAGCGGCCCUGCUGCCUGGGGCCUCACCCAAGAGUCCUGGACUCAAGGCCGUGGUGUCACCAUUUCACAGCCCACCUUCCACUCCUAGUAGCCCUGGUGUGCAGUCUAGGUCCAGUGAGCCAGAGGAGGUGCCCAUCAGCUUCGACCAGCCUCCUGAAGGUAGUCAUCUGACCUGUUACAAUAAGGUUCGGACACGGGGCUCAAUAAAGAGGCGCCCUCCCUCCAGGAAAUUCCGCAGGUCUCAAUCUGACUGUGGGGACCUUGGAAACUUCAGGGCUGCAGAGUCAUCUCAGGAGAAUGGAGCCAAGGAAGAGAAUGAGGACGAGGUGUUCACGCCCAAGAGUAAGGCCCCAGGACCCCCUCCAUCCAGCGACGGGGCAGUGGAAAAGGAAAUGAGCAGAAGCAUGGGGUCGGAGGAAAAGCCUCCUCUGAGGAGGACAUCCAGCAUGAUAGAGACGCGUGAGGAGAAGGGCAGGGCUGCAGAGGAAGCCAAGCAUGGGGAGAAGGCUGCAGAGCAUUCAGCAGACAAGGAGCCCCAGAGUCCAGCCCAGGGAGAGGCUGCAGAACCCGAAACCUCCAGCCCAAAGGCAGAGAAUGGGCCUGGGACCCCCACAGAAGAAACCAUGGCUGGAGAGGAAGUGGAGACGGAAAAGUCUGCAGAAGUGAAGGAGGAGAGGGCAGAAAAUGAAGAGGAUAAGCCUGGGCAAAAGAGCCAAGACACAGAGAAGCAGGAGGAGAGCGCCAUUGGGGAGGAGGCCCCCACAAAUCCCCCUGGAAAAAUGGAGGGUGGCAGCACCUCAGAGCAGGAGAAAGACGAGGAAAAGCAAGAGGUGGAGGGCGGCGUUCUUGAGACAGGAUGCCACCCUGAGACUGGCCCUGCCCAGCUGGAGACCCGUGAUGAGGCCCUGAGUAGAGGAGCAGUCCCCACGGCAGAGGACAACACCCCUCUCUGGGAUGCUAAAAUGUGAAGAGUUUAUCGUGCCCUCGUGAUAAAGCUGCUGGAAGUGGCAGUAACAACAGCAGCAUCAGCAAAUGAAGCCAUCACAGAAGCAGAAUAUGCCGAGGGGAGGGAGUCAGCCUGAAGAUAGGUGGUGCACUGCUUCCUGGUCUACGCACUGAGGGAACCUCACAGAUGGAGAUUGGCUCUGAGGGCAGAAGACUUUUAUCAGCUUGAAUUUGGGUCAAGGCGGCACUUGUUGGACUUGAUUUAAAACAAACAACAAUAAAAAAACUUAUUUAAAAUAAUUUACUAUGGUGACAACGCCCCAGGGACACUGGUCAGCCUGUGGGGCCCCAGAUACGAUCCACACCCACCUAUCCCUGAAGCUGACCUCUGAACCGUACUCUGAAUUAGUUUAUCAGAUUCUGCUUGUAUGAAGUUAUAGCCUUUUUAACUGUUCUGGAAUUCUUACAGUUCAUAAAUUGUAAGUAAAAACUAAUUUCAAGGUGACCAGAAACAAAAGAAAAUGGUAUUGCUGAAAAUACAAAUCUAAAAAAAAAAAAAAAUUACAGAGGACCUUAAAUAAUAUCAAGAGUCUUGAGACAACCUUCUAGCUUUGUUCAAAUUUGAACUGGCCAAUCAUUUUUAAAACAUUGGGCUAGAUGAGAUAAUUACUGAAAUAUUAAAACUAUAUAUGUCUGUUCCGUCAACAGGAGCUCUUCCCCUGCCGUAGUUUUCUAGCUGAUGACUACCAUGGGAGGUGACCAUCUCAGUUCACUCCCUUCUACCACCUUUGAAAACGUGGUACUCCCAUGGAGAGGCAGAUAUCAGUGCGUUGCGUUUCCGCAUCCUGAAAGCACAGCUGUGAACAAUACCUGCCCUCUGAUUUAUCCUGUGAGGAUAAAUUUUCCACUUCCAGAAGGUUACCCUUAAGGAUGGAUUAGCUAUUUCCUGGCAGGUGCUUUGAGCACCGUGAUGUGCAAGCUACUUAAUGAUAAACAUCCUUCCUGGCUUCCCUGGGAAGCUUUUCUUGAAUCCAAGCCUGGGAUCUUCUCAAUUCAGGAGGAGUGAGUUGGGGGUCUUCUGUCUGUUCUCAUUGGGCAGCUCCUUAAGAUUAUGUUUGAUAGUACAAGAGGUUUUGCAAGGAACAGUGGGUCUAACUUCCCAUUCCUUGACUUAAGUCUCCUUGCCUCUUCAUGCGCUCCUGCUAAACGACAUGAAUCCAAAGAAAUGUUUGCUCAUUAGGGUUGGUCCUUAUCUAAUCAGAGUAUUUCAGCGUCUCAACUUGCUAGUUUGGUGGGUGAGGCAGUUGUUUUUCUGGAGAUCUGUUAGACCACAUCCUACCUUGAUUUCAAAGAAGAGUCUCCCAGAUGAAAAGGCCUAUGUCACCCCUGGUACCUCAAUUUUCUCAUCUUAUUUACAGUUUUUUCUAACUCCAGGGUAGUGUUUAUAUUGGGGAUAUGUAUAUUUUUCAAAAACUACUUUAAAAUGUAAUUCAUUUUUUAAGGCUUUUUACCCAAUUGAGAUGGAUAUUGUCAUAGCUAUAAUAAGUUUGAUUUUUAGCAGAAUUUGGGAGAUGUGUGUGUCUGUUAUUUUGUGGUCUAUAUAUUAUCUGUCUCUCUUUCUUUCUUUUGAUAGAAAUGCAUACCCCCUAAAUAAUACAUGGUAUUAUUUAUUUAUAUCUUUGAAUUUUUUAUACGCUCACACACAUAUCUGGGCAAGAGUUUUAUGAGUAUAUGCAUGAUUGGGAGUGUGUGUGAUAAAAGGGGUUAUCUACCACUUCUCCUCACUUAAGGAAGGAAUGGAACGAAAGAUGUAGAUAUGGAAAUAAAGCUAUUUUCCGUAUGGAGGGCUUGUACAUUACGAAUGGUGACCUGGCUGGCGCAAACGGUUAAGCACUCAACUACUAACCAAAAGGUUAGCAGUUUGAACCUACGCAGAGGCACCUUGGAAGAAAGGUCUGGCAAUGUGCCUCUCAAAGGUCACAGCCUUGAAAACUAUGGAGUGCAGUUCUAUUCUGUAACACACGGGGUUGCCAUAAGUCAGAAUUGACUCAAGGGCAACUUUUUUUUCUUUUUGAAUAUACGUUACGAUAGCAAAUGUGAAAGGAGCAACAAAAAAUAUGGCAAGAAUAUGAUGCUGAAGAAGCAAACUUAACGGUGUCAAAAUACCUUCCUGUUUCCCUAGUCGCCUGUUAGCUACAUUAUUUGUUCUACAUUGUGAGAAAACAGAGGUCCCAUACCCAGGGACUAAUUAAUGAAGGGAGCUCUUGGCAGGACAUUCUUGAAGUGUAGGCAUUGUUCCUCGAUGCUGCAGCCUGCUUGCUUAGAGCACCCCUUUCCUGGAGGAACUAUGAUUAGGCUCUGCGUCGCCAAGGUUGAUAUUGAGAUUGCAAAAUUCGGGAUUAAAGACAUCCAUUUGUGUCUUAGGUAGCACCAAGUCAUUACCAGGCUAGGAAGACCUUUUAUCUUUCAGAUUUCCUUAAUGGGCUGGAAAGAAAACACUGGUCCUUCACAGCUACAAAACUGAAGAGAGGAGUCAGAAUCAUCCUUUUACUAUCUUUAUAGUCUAGCUUGAAUUUCAGACCUGUUCUUCCUUUCCCCAGAGAGGGAGCAAGAAAACUUGGGUGCUUUGAAGGGGUACACCCAUAUAUGAAAAGGGGGCUGUGGUGCUGUUUCAGCGUCUCAAGCCCUAAAAGGCCAUUCCAUCAAUCUAGUCAACCAGCUGCUUCAGGAUGAUGGGGAACAUGGGAAGAUCAAUGAAUUUCUGACCACAGGCCUAUUGCCACACUUAAUUUGCUGUGAAGUAAUUAAGAACAAAACACUGCCCUUUCCAUGAUGGAAGCAGUCCGAUGUAAUUAACCUGCCACCAGAUUGUUGGCUGAUUGCCCCAGGGAAUGGUGUCAUAUUGGGGACUCAGCAUUGGUCCCUGCUGGUGGCAGAUUGGGUGCUUAGCUGUGGCUGUAACUAAGUCCACCUUCGUGAGUGGAAGUCCAUGUUGCUGAGCCCAUGCAUAACCUCCAUCCCUGCUACCAUGGCCACUUUGUUCAUGAGCUCACUGGGCAAUGACAGAAGUGACUGAGGACAGAGGCUUACUGGUGUCCACAGACAGUGUCAUGCUACCUACUUGAUUGUUAAAAUUCUCCUCUGCUGUGGUCACUCUCUGGUGACCAUUCACAUGAGACACAAAUAUCUUACUUCUUUUGCCUAUUCAGAGAGGUCUACCCAUGUACCUUCCCCCAUACUUCCUUGUCUCCAAUUUUCCAAUCAUGUCCCUUCCGAGUCCCUGACCAUUCAGCCAAACCAUUGUCCACAGCCCAUGAAUCAGUAUACAGUUGCACAUCUGGCCAUUUCUCCUUCCAAGCAAAGUGAACAACAUGAACUGCUCAAAGUUCUGCCCAUUGGGAGGACUUCCCUUCACCACCGUCCUUCAGAGAUGUACUAGAAAGGGGCUGUAUUGCUGCCACUGUCCCAAGUUUGAGUGGCGUCUGUAUUGUUGCACAGAACCAUCUCUAAACCAGGUACGAGUUUUCUCUUCCUCAAUGAACUGAUCAUAAGGAACUCCCCACGAGGCAGUAGGUCAUACUGGAAGAAGGAAGGUAAUGGGACAGGAAUGAGGACCACGGCAUUUGGGCCACUUCCUUAUGUAACUUACUUUUGCUUUCAGGUCCUGCUGGAGCCUGAUCUCUUGUAUACUACCUCCAUUUAAUGAUGGAGUGCUCUUGGGUACAUCCAACUUCAUGACUUUGUGAGUUAGACAACAUCUAGUUCAUGAUGGGCAGCUCAGGGCACAUGGUGACUUGGUGGCCUAUGGUUAAACAUUCAGUCUCUAGUAAGGCCCAGUACAAGUCAAAUGCUAUUUCUCAAAAGAAGAGUAGUUAUCUGCAGAGGACGGCAGGUCUUUGCUCCAAAAUCCUAAGGGCCUAUGCUGUGAUUUACCAUAAGGGGCCAGACAAAGACUCCGAACAGCAUCUCUAUCUGCCACUGACACUUUGAGCACCAUUGAAUCAGCUGAAUCACAUGGCUGAAGAGGCAGAGUAGCUUCCACGUCAGUCUGAACCUGUUGCAGAGGCUUCUCUUUUCUGGGCCCCACUCAAAACCAGCCGUUUUUCGAGUUGCUUGAUAAAUGUGGUAGAGUAGCACAUGCAAAUGAGAAAUAGGCUGUCUCCAAAAUCCAAAGAGGCCCACCAGACAUUGUGCCUUCUUUUUAGUUGUAGGAGGAGCCAGUGGCAACAACGUACCCUUCACUUUAGAAGGAAUAUCUUGACAUGUUCUGUACCACUGGACCCCUAAAAAAUUCACAGAGAUGGAAUGCCCCUGAAUUUUUGUCACUUUAAUUUCCCACCUUCUAGCAUGCAAAUGUCUUGCCAGUAACCCCAGAGUCAUUGAUACUUCUUCCUUACUAGGUCCGAGCAACAUAGAGUCGUCAACAUAAUGGACCAGUGUGACAUCUUGUGGACGGAAAAAGCAAUCAAGCUUCCUCUGGACUAAAUUUUGACAUAAGGCUGGAAAGUUGAUGUAGGAAAGUGAAGGUGUAUUGCUGGCCUUAUUAGCUACAGGCAAACUGCUUCUGAUGCUCUUUAGCAAUAGGAAUUGAGGAAAACCCGUUGGCCAGCUCAAUAUCUGCGUGUCAGUUACCAAGAGAUGUAUUAAUUUUCUCAAGCAAUGAAACUGCAUUUGAAACAGCAGCUGCAAUUAGAGUCACUGUCUGGUUAAAUUUAUGAUAGAUAAUUAACUGUCAUUCUGAAAGGUCCAUCUGUUUUCUAUACAGGCAAAAUAGGCAAACUGAAUGGGGAUGUGGUGGGCAUCACCACCCCUACAUCUUUUAAGUCUUUGAUGGUGGCACUAAUCUCUGCAAUCCCUUCAGGAAUAGGGAACUGCUUUUGGCUUAUUAUUUUCCUAGGUAGGGACAGUUAUAAUGACUUCCACUUGGCCUUUCCUACCAUAUAAUCCCUUAAUCCACAUGUGAAGGAUCCAAUGUGAGGGGUUUUCAAGUUGCUGAGUAUAUCCAUUCGGAUUAUGAAAUCUGAAACUGGGGAAAUCACUACAGGAUGAGUUCAGGGACCCACUGGACUCACUGUGAUAUGGACUUGAGAUAAGAUUCCAUUAACAACCUGACCUUCACAUGCCCC